AGAAGACGAAGAAGAAUAAUCUUUUUUUUUGUGGGCGUAACAUGGGCGGAUCCGAAAUACAGUCAAUCGGGGCUCUGUUCGAUUACUUUGAAGUUUGAUCCACCCUGUCUUCCUCGAGGUGUACAUCUUCAUAUAUAACGUCAAUCAAUGGUGCACACACUAAUCUGUAUGAAAGCAGAAAGGUGAAAGGAAGGUUUCAACAUAUUCAUGUCUCUCGCAGGUCUGUGACUGCUCCAAUGAAUGUAUGGAUUGCUCAAAAGGAAGGACAGUAAAAGUUUGUCAACGGAGCCUGCUGGAAAGCUUCUUCACGCCUACUUUACAGAAUUCUCGCUUUCUUCCUCUGGCUAGUGGUUGUCCAUGCAAGGUAUGCUACAGUGAAGUGGGACGCACCCAAUGAUUUAUAUACGCACCCGUUCUUUGUUUAUGUCUAGCUAGCUAGCGGUAAAGUAGCUUACUAUUAUAGUAAGCUAUGCAUGUCAUCGAAACCUGUCCGUUUUUAUUGAAAUGUUUGUGACCCUACCAAGUGUAAUGGUGUCACUUUUAAUAUUCAGCCAACAAUUCAGUUCAGUCUUAUUGCUACAGUUACUAAUGUAUCAUGCUUACGUUAGCCUAGGCUAAUCCUGUGUGAAACUAACACUGGCCGGCUAAAUUGAUUUAUUCUCUAUGUCCGCCAUCCCGGCAGCUGUGCUAAUAAUGACGUGUUUUUCGUCUGUAGGUACGCAAUGUCCAGCUCUGAUCCAGUGGUUAGUGCUGCAGGUUCGGUGGUGUCGGACCCUCAACACUCUCAGAAACUUCUCAAGGCCCUUCGCUCCUUCUGGAUAGAACAAUGCUUCCAAGAUGCAGUGUUAGUACUGGACGGGGAAAGGAUUCCAGUCCAGAAAAACAUUUUGGCUGCGGCUAGUCCAUAUAUCAGGUAAUCAGCUAUGGCUUUUGACAAGCCAUGGUUUAAAAAAAUGUUGACAGGGCUAAUGUUGUGACAUUGUUUCCAGCUGUCAAGGGUGUGUCCCAGUGUCCCACUCGGUGCUGGCAGACUGUCAGUGCCUUUUCCUGUCAUUCUGAUACAGUAUUCUGACAUAUCCCAUAGAACAAAACUGAACUACAACCCUCCAAAGGAAGAUGGAUCCAUGUACACCAUUGAGCUCCAAGGAAUCUCUGUCAAUAUCAUGAAGCAGAUCUUGGACUUCAUCUUUAGUGGGGAGGUGAGCAGUAUGCAAAUCUGUAGUGGGCCUACAAUGAAGUGAACACAAGUGAGAUGGGUCAGAUUCAUUAAAACUGACCAGUAUGUGUGAUUCUUAUACUGGUUUUUAAAUUGCCAAUACCGAUAUUGUCCGGUAGGUUAUAUGCCUAACUCUUUUGAGAGAAUCCAUUUUCAUAUCUGUUUUAGAAUUAUAUAAUAUUCAAAAACAUAUUAUGAUACCUAGAACAAUCCUGAUGUUACACUUCUCCUUCCAUCCCGCUCCUUGUUGUCUGUGUGUAGAUCAGUCUGAGUGAGGACACCAUUCAGGACAUGGUCCAGGCCGCUGACCUGCUGCUCCUGACAGACCUGAAGUCCCUGUGCUGCCAGUUUCUGGAGAGCUGCAUUGCUGCAGAGAACUGCAUUGGGAUCCGGCUUUUCUCUCUACAUUACUGCCUGCACCAUGUUCACCAUGCUGCCACAGACUUCCUUCAGACACAUUUCUGUGAUGUGGCCGCCACGGAGGAGUUCAGGGAGUUACCCCCAGACCGGCUGUGCGAGAUCCUGUCGAUGGAGAAGCUCAACGUGGGCAAUGAGAAGCAUGUCCUGGAGGCUGUGGUGCGCUGGCUCGGCCAUGACCUGGAGGAACGGAGGGUGAGGGCCUGUUCUACUACUAGGGUGGUGGUGGUGGUACUGCCCUUGAUUCUGUCUGUCAGAAAACAACCUCUUUAGUAUUAGACAUCUGCCUAAAGCAUGGCUGCAAAUGUAGAAUUACAACUACAAUUAUGGUCGGAGACUACUAAAUAAUUUGAAGGAAUGUGUUUUUCGCACACAAUUUGCCUAUGCAUUACUAUUGGCCUCUUAGCUCAUCCCCUGAGUAACAUCUUCUUGAUCCCUCCCAGGUGCACAUGAAAGAGGUGAUGUCAUCGGUGUGGAUCCAGGGGCUGGACCAGGGUUACAUGAGGGAGCAGAUGUUGGGAGAGCCCGUGAUGAGGGAGGUGAUCCGGGAGUACUGCAAUGCUCCACUGGGGGGCGCUGCACUGCAGGGCGAGGCUCUUCUAGCCGCCUUCAAACCUCGUGGCUACUCAGAGUGCAUUGUCACUGUAGGGGGGGAGGAGAGAGGGUGAGUAUUUGCUAAGUUGCUCUGGGAUGAUGUCCAGACAAAUGUCUACAUGCUGUUGAAUGUGUACAGUGCUUUCAGAAAGUAUUCAUACCCCUUAACAUAUUCCACAUUUUGUUGUGUUACAACCUGAAUUCAAAAUGGAUUUUUUAAAAAUUAUCCUCACCCAUCUAUAAACAAUACCCCAUAAUAAUGACAAAGUGAAAACAUGUUUUUAGAAAUGUUUGCAAAUUCAUGGAAAAUUAUUACAGAAAUAUCUCAUUUACAUAAGUAUUCACACCCCUGAGUCAAUAGUUUUUAGAAGCACCUUCAGCAGCGAUUACAGCUGAGAGUCUUUCUGGGUGAGUCUCAAAGCGCUUUCCAAACCUGGAUUGCCAUUAUUCUUUAUCAACAUUCUUCAAGCUCUGUCAAAUUGGUUUUUGAUCAUUGCUAGACAACCAUUUUCAGGUCUUGCCAUAGAUUUUCAAGCAGAUUUAAGUCGAAACUGUAAUUUGUCCACUCAGGAACAUUCACUGUCUUCUUGGUAAGCAACUCCAGUGUAGAUUUGGCCUUGUGCUUUAGGUUAUUGUCCUGCUGAAAGAUGAAUUCAUCUCCCAGUGUCUGGUGGAAAGCAGACUGAACCAGGAUUUCCUCUAGGAUUUUGCCUGUGCUUAGCUCCAUUCCGUUUCUUUUUUUAUCCUGAAUAACGCCCCAGUCCUUAACAAUGACAAGCAUACCCAUAACAUGAUGCAGCCACCACUAUGCUUGAAAAUAUGGAGAGUGGUACUCAUAACACUUUGUUAUCAGGGAAAGGUUAAUUGCUUUGCCACAUUUUUUGCAGUGUUACUUUAGUGCCUUGUUGCAAACAGGAUGUAUGUUUUGGAAUAUUUGUAUUCUGUACAAGCUCCCUUCUUUUCACCCUGUCAAUUAGGUUAGUAUUGUGGAGUAACUACAUUUACAUUUACAUUUUAGUCAUUUAGCAGACGCUCCUAUCCAGAGCGACAUAGAGUUAGUGAGUGCAUACAUUUUUUAAUUUACAUUUUUAUACUAGGCAAGUCAGUUAAGAACAAAUUCUUAUUUACAAUGACGGCCUACACCGGCCAAACCCGGACGACACUGGGCCAGUUGUGCGCCGCUCUAUGGGACUCCCAAUCACGGCCUGGAAUCGAACCAGGGGGUCUGUAGUGACGCCUCAAGCACUGAGAUGCAGUGCCUUAGACCGCUGCGCCACUCGGGAGCAACAACAAUGUUGUUGAUCUGUCCUCAGUUUUCUCCUUUCACAGCCAUUAAACUCUAACUGUUUUAAAGUCACCAUUGGCCUCAUGGUGAAAUCCCUGAGCGGUUUCCUUCCUCUCUGCCAACUGAGUUAGGAAGGAUGCCUGUAUCUUUGUAGUGACUGGGUGUAUUGAUACACCAUCCAAAGUGUAAUUAAUAACUUCACCAUGCUCAAAGGGAUAUUCAAUGUCUGCUUAUUAUUAUGAUUAUUAUUUUAUUUAUUUUUUAUCUACCAAUGGGUGCAUUGGAAAACCUUCCUGGUCUGUGACUUGUUAAGCAUGUUUUUACUCCUGAAUUAAUUUAGGCUUGCCAUAACAAAGGGGUUGAUUACCUCAAUUAAUUUGUAAAAGUUUCCAAAAACAUCAUUAUACUUUGAGAUUAUGGGGUAGUGACAAAAAAUCUCAAUUUAAUCAAUUUUAAAUUCAGGCUGUAACACAGCAAAAUGUGGAAAAAGUCAAGGGGUGUGAAUAUUUUCUGAACAUUGAUUCUAAUUUUGCAAUAUGCUGUGGUUUUGUGCACAUGCUUGAUAGAUAAACAGUUUGUAAUGGAAAUUCAUGCAAAACAUUCAGAUAACUGCAAGUUAUGACAAGCAAGAAGAGAAUGUAUUAAGGAAAGGAAGGGUAAAAACUGAGAAUAGUGUGGUUGAUCUACUGAUAGAGCACUGAGAGAUUGAGGAGCCUCUAGACAAGUAAGUAAAGUUGAAGGGGUGUUAUGGUGACACACAGACAGAGGAUGAGGUUAGAGAAGGAGCCAGUGUGUCAGAGAUAAAACCAACAGGACUGACCACAAUUUACAUCCUGUUAUCUGGUUCCUGUUUAGAACGAGGAAGCCGUCAGCCAUGGCGCGCUGCAUGUGUCCACUCUAUGACCCAAACCGCCAGCUGUGGAUCGAGCUGGAACCAAUGAGCAUUGGGCGAAUAGGGCAUGGGGUGCUGGCAGCAGGUUGGUAUUGGAUCCAGACCCAGUUUUACUGUUACAUAUGCACAUACUUAUACACAGUGCAGUCUUCAUGGCAGCUAAUGAUUAGUUGAUAGCGCCAACAAUUCUCAUGUAAGGCAAACCCAACCUAGUCUUAGUGAUCAACAAUGGAUUAACCCCAUUUUUGUCCUCUCAGAGGGCCAUCUCUUUGUGAUGGGUGGCAUGGAUGAAACCAAGACAGUCCUUAGCAGUGGAGAGAAAUAUGACCCAAACACAAACACUUGGACCCCCAUUCCUUCCAUGAAACAGGUAUUCUACUACUCCACACAACCUAAAAACUGCAAAGUUUUUUUCUUUGCAAUCCUUUUAACCUUUUCAUUAGCACCAUUCAACCCACUUAUUUCAUAGGCAUUUCAAGUGUAUCAUUUGAAGUUCUCACUUCAAUUGGUUAUGUAGACCAAAUAAAUGUAUUCCACUAAACCAAGGGAUUAUUGUGGUAUGUACUGGUACAUACAUUACACUUUUUUAUUUAAUCUAUCAAAUGUUCCAUCUAUCUUUUUUACUUGUAUACUCCCACUGGUAGCCAUUUUUUGUUUUGUUCGUCUCUAACCUGCUAAAAUGUGUUAUAGUUCCGAGUGAUGCCACCAGGGUUCAGUAUUGCCCAGUAUUAUUGAGGCUUCUGCCAUUUGUUUGGUCAGGCGAGGCAGAACUUUGGUGUUGCAGAGCUGGAUGGGGUGAUCUAUGUGUUGGGAGGAGAGGAAGAGGACAAGGAGCUCCUGACUGUGGAGGUGUUCGACCCUCACUACAACACCUGGACCACACAAACCAGCAUGACCAUGGUCCGCAAGGUGAGACAUGAACAUUUCCGGCUUCCAACUGAAAUGUAUAACAAACACAUUCACAAAUUGCAACCUCUCCAAAUCUCUCACCACUUGCCCAACGAUCUCUCCUCUCCUCAGGUUGGCUGCUAUGCCACCAUGAAAAAGAAGAUCUAUGCCAUGGGUGGUGGGUCAUAUGGAAAGCUGUACGACUCAGUAGAAUCUUAUGACCCAAAGACCCAGCAGUGGACUGCAAUCUGCCCUUUGAAAGAGAGAAGGUACAUAAUCAACUCAGUAGUUUGAAUUUGAAAAAAUAUGAAUAUACAGUAUAUGCAGUGGGGUCCAAAAUUGACACCCUUGAUAAAAAUUAGAAAAAAAUACUAUAUAAAAUAAAUAAUUCCAAUACUGAGCUAUAUUGUAUGCAAAAUAUUUAUUUUAUACUAAUACAAUUGCUCAGAAAAAUUGAUUUUGUUUAACAAAAUCAAUUUCAAUUACUUUCAAUAUCUCACCUUGCGAGGAUAAUGGCACUGAGCCUUUUUCUAAAAUGUUUUAUGAGUUGGAGAACACAUUGGGAGGGAUCAUAGACCAUUCCUCCAUACAGAAUUCUUCGUAUGGUGGUGUGCAUGGCCAAAGAGCUCCAUUUUCAUGUCAUCCAACAAAUGUAAAUGCAUGGAGUUUGCUAAACGGCAUUGGCACUUGGAUUGGAACUGGUGCUUUGGUCAGAUGACAUGAAAAUAGAGCUCUUUGGCCACGCACACCAGUGGUGGGUUUGGCGUCGAAAUGAGAAUGCAUGAGCAGAAAAGAACCCCAUAUCUACUGUAAAAUAUGGUGGUGGAUCUUUGAUGUUAUGGGGCUAUUUUGCUUGCACUGGUCCUAGAGCCCUUGUUAAAAGCCCAGUGUAGUCAAAAACAUGAUUUUUUUUUAUGUGUUUUAUAUUAUAUUGUACAACAAAAAUGUGAUCAGAGUUAUUUCCUGAUAUUUGCGGAUAGAAAAUACCAUCUGCAUAGGACCUUCUAAUCAGCAGGUUUGCAAGGUGGGAGUUUCGGCUUUCCAUGGUGACAUCCGUUCCAAACCUCUCUACCAAUAACAGCUAGUUUUCUGUUCUCCCCUCCCCACUCAGAACACUCCCAGAUAGUGAGAAAUCGUUUUUUGCUAAAAAGCUAUUUUUGCCAAUUUUCAUGGAACUCUAUUACAGUAACUAGGUUUCCAUCCAAUUGGCGACAGAUUUUCAUGCAAAUAUUCAAAAAUCUGCAUAAAGCAAAAAAAAUUGCUUUUUCCCAAACAGUGGUGUUCCUCCAAACUGGACUUGUUGCAGAUACAAAAUCUGUGCGUGAUGACAGUGCACACAAUUAUUAUUUUAUUGCUUAAGUUUUUAUUUACCAAAUAAAAAUCUAAUGCUCAAUGUGUUUCCAUUGCAUUUCAACUCUACUGAUAGUUUUCUCACAAACUUUUGCGUUAAAUAGCAAAUGUGUCUACUCUGGUCUUGGCACGUGCGUGCUAGCCAACAGCUCACAGAUACAGUGCGGCUAGGCUAGUCUACAUGAUGAGAUUAUGGGUAAUUAUUUGUCAAAUGGCAGUCAAGCAUCGAUCAUCAUGUCACCAGAAUAAGACCCUCAACAUUUAUUGGAAAGGCGCAUCAAGCUCAUACCGUGCACUUUCACCACCCUGUGAAGUUCAUCAUAACUUAUUUAAUCUGUAGCCUAAUUUAAACUGCAUGGUUUCCCCGAGUCGUAGUGCGAGGAUCACACACCAUGUCAUCGUGUGACUCCAACUUUACUUCGAUAUGAUGGUUGUUAUAUCAAUAUUUGCGCAUAAAGGCGUUUCCACCACCAUUUCUUGCAUAAUACAUUUUACAGACAAAAUCCCAUAUUGUCGAACAAACAAAUUAUCUGUCUGCAUCUAUGAAAUUGUACUGAAACUUCCUGUUUCCAUCACAGCUGUCGUGAUUUUCUUUUAUAUGGUAUAACUUUACUCACAUAAAAACUGUAGAUGGAAAUGUGGUUAGUAAGGUAUUUAAUUGCUACCCAGUAAUGAUUUGAUAUUGAUAUAGAAAUGUCUGCAUUGGGUCAACUGCAUCAUUAACUUUACCCAGUACCAGGAUAUUUUAGCCAAAAACCUGGUUGCCUCUGCCAGGAGGCUGAAACUUGGCUGCAAGUGGAUCUUCCAGCAAGACUAUAACCCCAAGCACACAUAAAAAUCCACAAAGAAAUUGUUAAUUGGCCCCAAAAUCAACAUUUUGCAAUGGCCAUCUCAGUCUCUGGACUUGAAACCCAUUGAAAACCUGUGGUUUGAAUUGAAGAGGGCAGUCCAUAAGUGCAGACGAAGGAUAUCAAUGAUCUGGAAGGAGUCUGUAUGGAGGAAUAGUCUAAGAUCCCUUCCAAUGUGUGCUACCACUCAUAAAACAUUUUACAAAAAGGCUCCGUGCAAGUUGAAAACGGGUGUCAAUAAUUUUGACCCCUACCUUCUUGAGAAGAAAAUAUUACUUGUUAAACAAAAUCAUUUUUUCUGAGCAAUUAUAUUAGUAAAAAAUAAUAGAAUAUGUAUUUUAUAUAUAUAUAUAUAUAUAUAUAUAUAUAUAUAUAUAUAUAUAUAUAUAUAUAUAUAUAUACAGUUGAAGUUUACAUACACCUUAGCCAAAUACAUUUGAACUCAGUUUUUCACAAUUCCUGACAUUUAAUCCUAGUAAAAAUUCCCUGUUUUAGCUCAGUUAGGAUCACCACUUUAUUUUAAGAAUGUGAAAUGAUAGUAGAGAGUGAUUUAUUUCAGGUUUUAUUUCUUUCAUCACAUUCCCAGUGGGUCAGAAGUUUACAUACACUCAAUUAGUAUUUCGUAGCAUUGCCUUUAAAUUGUUUAACUUGGGUCAAACGUUUCGGGUAGCCUUCCACAAGCUUCUCACAAUAAAUUGGGUGAAUUUUGGCCCAUUCCUCCUGACAGAGCUGGUGUAACUGAGUCAGGUUUGUAGGCCUCUUUGCUCGCACACGCUUUUUCAGUUCUGCCCACAAAUUUUCUAUAGGAUUGAGGUCAGGGCUUUGUGAUGGCCACUCCAAUACCUUGACAUAACUAUGUCGAUAUAGGACUCGUUUUACUGUGGAUAUAGAUACUUUUGUACCUGUUUCCUCCAGCAUCUUCACAAGGUCCUUUGCUGUUGUUCUGGGAUUGAUUUGCACUUUUCGCACCAGAGUACGUUAAUCUCUAGGAGACAGAACGCUUCUCCUUCCUGAGCGGUAUGACGGCUGCGUUGUCCCAUGGUGUUUAUACUUGCGUACUAUUGUUUGUACAGAUGAACGUGGUACCUUCAGGCGUUUGAAAUUGCUCCCAAGGAUGAACCAGACUUGUGGAGGUCUACCAUUUUUUUUCUGAGGUCUUGGCUGAUUUCUUUUGAUUUUCCCAUGAUGUCAAGCAAAGAGGCACUGAGUUUGAAGGUAGGCCUUGAAAUACAUCCACAGGUACACCUCCAAUUGACUCAAAUGAUGUCAAUUAGCCUAACAGAAGCUUCUAAAGCCAUGACAUCAUUUUCUGGAAUUUUCAACUUAGUGUCUGUAAACUUCUGACCCACUGGAAUUGUGAUACAGUGAAAUAAUCUGUCCGUAAACAAUUGUUGGAAAAAUUACUUGUGUCAUGCACAAAGUAGAUGUCCUAACCGACUUGCAGUUUGUUAACCAAAAAUGUGUGGAGUGGUUGAAAAACAAGUUUAAAUGACUCAAACCUAAGUGUAUGUAAACUUCCGACUUCAACUGUGUGUAUGUGUAUAUAUACACUGCUCAAAAAAAUAAAGGGAACACUUAAACAACACAAUGUAACUCCAAGUCAAUCACACUUCUGUGAAAUCAAACUGUCCACUUAGGAAGCAACACUGAUUGACAAUAAAUUUCAACAACAUGCUGUUGUGCAAAUGGAAUAGACAACAGGUGGAAAUUAUAGGCAAUUAGCAAGACACCCCCAAUAAAGGACUGGUUUUGCAGGUGGUGACCACAGACCACUUCUCAGUUCCUAUGCUUCCUGGCUGAUGUUUUGGUAACUUUUGAAUGCUGGCGGUGCUUUCAUUCUAGUGGUAGUAUGAGACGGAGUCUACAACCCACACAAGUGGCUCAGGUAGUGCAGCUCAUCCAGGAUGGCACAUCAAUGCGAGCUGUGGCAAGAAUGUUUGCUGUGUCUGUCAGCGUAGUGUCCAGAGCAUGGAGGCGCUACCAGGAGACAGGCCAGUACAUCAGGAGAUGUGGAGGAGGCCAUAGGAGGGCAACAACCCAGCAGCAGGACUGCUACCUCCGCCUUUGUUCAAGGAGGAGCAGGAGGAGCCCUGCCAGAGCCCUGCAAAAUGACCUCCAGCAGGCCACAAAUGUGCAUGUGUCUGCUCAAACGGUCAGAAACAGACUCCAUGAGGAUGGUAUGAGGGCCCGACGUCCACAGGUGGGGGUUGUGCUUACAGCCUAACACCGUGCAGGACGUUUGGCAUUUGCCAGAGAACACCAAGAUUGGCAAAUUCGCCACUGGCGCCCUGUGCUCUUCACAGAUGAAAGCAGGUUCACACUGAGCACAUGUGACAGAGUCUGGAGACGCCGUGGAGAACGUUCUGCUGCCUGCAACAUCCUCCAGCAUGACCGGUUUGGCGGUGGGUCAGUCAUGGUGUGGGGUGGCAUUUCUUUGGGGGGCCGCACAGCCCUCCAUGUGCUCGCCAGAGGUAGCCUGACUGCCAUUAGGUACCGAGAUGAGAUCCUCAGACCCCUUGUGAGACCAUAUGCUGGUGCGGUUGGCCCUGGGUUCCUCCUAAUGCAAGACAAUGCUAGACCUCAUGUGGCUGGAGUGUGUCAGCAGUUCCUGCAAGAGGAAGGCAUUGAUGCUAUGGACUGGCCCGCCCGUUCCCCAGACCUGAAUCCAAUUGAGCACAUCUGGGACAUCAUGUCUCGCUCCAUCCACCAACGCCACGUUGCACCACAGACUGUCCAGGAGUUGGCGGAUGCUUUAGUCCAGGUCUGGGAGGAGAUCCCUCAGGAGACCAUCCGCCACCUCAUCAGGAGCAUGCCCAGGCGUUGUAGGGAGGUCAUACAGGCACGUGGAGGCCACACACACUACUGAGCCUCAUUUGACUUGUUUUAAGGACAUUACAUCAAAGUUGGAUCAGCCUGUAGUGUGGUUUUCCACUUUAAUUUUGAGGGUGACUCCAAAUCCAGACCUCCAUGGGUUGAUAAAUUUGAUUUCCAUUGAUAAUUUCUGUGUGAUUUUGUUGUCAGCACAUUCAACUAUGUAAAGAAAAAAGUAUUUAAUAAGAUUAUUUCAUUCAUUCAGAUCUAGGAUGUGUUAUUUUAGUGUUCCCUUUAUUUUUUUGAGCAGUGUAUAUAUUUUAUCAGUCAAAGGUUUGGAAUCACCUACUCAUUCAUUAUUUUUACUAUUUUCCACAUUGUAGAAUAAUAGUGAAGACAUUAAAACUAUGAAAUAACACAUAUGUCAUCAUGUAGUAACCAAAAAAGUGUUAAACAAAUCAAAAUAUAUUUGAGAUUCUUCAAAGUAGCCACCCUUUGCCUUGAUGACAGCUUUGCACAAUAUUGGCAUUCUCUAAACCAGCAUCAUGAGGUAGUCACCUGGAAUGCAUUUCAAUUAACAGGUGUGCCUUGUUGCAAGUUCAUUUGUGGAAUUUCCUUCCUUCUUAAUGCAUUUGAGCCAAUCAUUUGUGAUGUGACAAGAUAGGGAGGGUAAAAAAACAAGUCCGUAUUAUGGCAAGAACAGCUCAAAUAAGCCAAGAGACACGAAAGUCCAUCAUCACUUUAAGACAUGAAGGUCAGUCAAUCUGGAAAAUUUCAAGAACUUUGAAAGUUUCUUCAAGUGCAGUCACAAAGACCAUCAAGCACUAUGAUGAAACUGGCUCUCAUGAGGACCGCCACAGGAAAGGAAGACCCAGAGUGACCAGCCUCAGAAAUUGCAAGCUGUUUAAAGGCACAGUCAACUUAGUGUAUGUAAACUUCUGACCCACUGGAAUUGUGAUACAGUGAAUUAUAAGUGAAAUGAUCUGUCUGUAAACAAUUGUUGGAAAAAUUACUUGUGUCAUGCACAAAGUAGAUGUCCUAACUGACUUGCCAAAACUAUAGUUUGUUAACAAGAAAUUUGUGGAGUGGUUGAAAAACGAGUUUUAAUGACUCCAACCUAAGUGUAUGUAAACUUCCGACUUCAACUGUAUAUACAGUGGGGAGAACAAGUAUUUGAUACACUGCCGAUUUUGCAGGUUUUCCUACUUACAAAGCAUGUAGAGGUCUGUAAUUUUUAUCAUAGGUACACUUCAACGGUGAGAGACGGAAUCUAAAACAAAAAUCCAGAAAAUCACAUUGUAUGAUUUUUAAGUAAUUAAUUUGCAUUCUAUUGCAUGACAUAAGUAUUUGAUCACCUACCAACCAGUAAGAAUUCCGGCUCUCACAGACCUGUUAGUUUUUCUUUAAGAAGCCCUCCUGUUCUCCACUCAUUACCUGUAUUAACUGCACCUGUUUGAACUCGUUACCUGUAUAAAAGACACCUGUCCACACACUCAAUCAAACAGACUCCAACCUCUCCACAAUGGCCAAGACCAGAGAGCUGUGUAAGGAUAUCAGGGAUAAAAUUGUAGACCUGCACAAGGCUGGGAUGGGCUACAGGACAAUAGGCAAGCAGCUUGGUGAGAAGGCAACAACUGUUGGCGCAAUUAUUAGAAAAUGGAAGAAGUUCAAGAUGACGGUCAAUCACCCUCGGUCUGGGGCUCCAUGCAAGAUCUCACCUCGUGGGGCAUCAAUGAUCAUGAGGAAGGUGAGGGAUCAGCCCAGAACUACACAGCAGGACCUGGUCAAUGACCUGAAGAGAGCUGGGACCACAGUCUCAAAGAAAACCAUUAGUAACACACUACGCCGUCAUGGAUUAAAAUCCUGCAGCGCACGCAAGGUCCCCCUGCUCAAGCCAGCGCAUGUCCAGGCCCGUCUGAAGUUUGCCAAUGACCAUCUGGAUGAUCCAGAGGAGGAAUGGGAGAAGGUCAUGUGGUCUGAUGAGACAAAAAUAGAGCUUUUUGGUCUAAACUCCACUCGCCGUGUUUGGAGGAAGAAGAAGGAUGAGUACAACCCCAAGAACACCAUCCCAACCGUGAAGCAUGGAGGUGGAAACAUCAUUCUUUGGGGAUGCUUUUUUGCAAAGGGUACAGGAUGACUGCACCGUAUUGAGGGGAUCUUGGCCGGGGCCAUGUAUCGCGAGAUCUUGGCCAACAACCUCCUUCCCUCAGUAAGAGCAUUGAAGAUGGGUCGUGGCUGGGUCUUCCAGCAUGACAACGACCCGAAACACACAGCCAGGGCAACUAAGGAGUGGCUCUGUAAGAAGCAUCUCAAGGUCCUGGAGUGGCCUAGCCAGUCUCCAGACCUGAACCCAAUACAAAAUCUUUGGAGGGAGCUGAAAGUCCGUAUUGCCCAGCGACAGCCCAGAAACCUGAAGGAUCUGGAGAAGGUCUGUAUGGAGGAGUGGGCCAAAAUCCCUGCUGCAGUGUGUGCAAACCUGGUCAAGACCUACAGGAAACGUAUGAUCUCUGUAAUUGCAAACAAAGGUUUCUGUACCAAAUAUUAAUUUCUGCUUUUCUGAUGUAUCAAAUACUUAUGUCAUGCAAUAAAAUGCACAUUAAUUACUUAAAAAUCAUACAAUGUGAUUUUCUAGAUUCCGUCUCUCACAGUUGAAGUGUACCUAUGAUAAAAAUUACAGACCUCUACAUGCUUUGUAAGUAGGAAAACCUGCAAAAUCGGCAGUGUAUCGAAUACUUGUUCUUCCCACUGUAUGUGUGUGUGCGUGUGUGUAUAUAUAUAUAUAUAUAUAUAUAUAUAUAUAUAUAUAUAUAUAUAUAUAUAUAUAUAUAUAUAUAUAUAUAGAGCCAUGUUAUUUUUACUCAUUCUUUUUAUUUUUAUUCCUUAUUCACUGUGCAUUUAUUUCUUGUCACUUAAUUUUUUAUUUGAUUUUUUCUAUCUUGUUGGAAAAGGACCCGUAAGUAAACAUUUCACUGUUAGUCUACACCUGUUGUCUACGAAGCAUGUGACAAAUUACCUUUUUUUGGGGGGGGGGAUUAUUUAGUUCUCAAAAUCUGUAGUAGACAAACCAGUUUACAUGUAUAGUCUAAUCUAUAGGUUUACCAAACGUUUAAAUGAUCAUCCAUUAAGAGCAGUCGAAUUAAGUAAUAGUAAAAUGUAUUUUAACAAAAUAGAAGAGAAUCAUAUCAAAAGUAAUCUGAGCAUUGCAUUGUGAAAGGCAAUUACUUUAUAUGAACAUGUAUUGCAAUGUGACACUAAGUUUGAUGAAAAAGUGACUGAAUGAUUUUGUGUGUUCUACUUAGUUAAUUCACAAUGUGCUUAGAGUUUUGAAACAACUGCCUUUUUGAUUAUCUGUUUUGAGUUUUGAACUAAGAGUUGUGAAACUGCACCACAUACUUGUAAAAAUUGCACCAAAGCGAUAAAAUAACUAACAGUGAACAAUUGCAUGCACUUAUUAUAAUGACUAUAUAUUAGGUUAGAUUACAUAAAUGCAUUCUGUCUAUUGUAUUUCGACACGAGGUAGAGAAUAAGGCCAGAAGCAUAGCUUUGUCCCCAGAUUAACUCAUAUUUUUCCUAACUUUUUUAAUAGAAUUUUCAUCCCUUCAAAGACCACAAAAGAUGUAUGUGACAGAAAGUCCCCUGUGGUGGAUUUGUUUAGUGUUGGUGUUAUUCAUAUUAUGCUCUCGAUAGAGUUCCAAAAUUCCGUGAACUUUAAAUAAAUUCCCAGCUUUUCCUGAAAUCCCGGUUGGAGAGCACAGGAGGGAAUAAACAGGAAAUCCGUAAUCCCCCAACCAGGAUUUCUGGAAAACCUGGGAAUUUAUUGAAAAUUCCUGGAAUUUUGCAACUCUAGCUCUUGAUGAGUGACCCCUCACCUAAUGUUACGGUGGGGUUGUCUCUGCCUGCAGGUUUGGCUCAGUGGCGUGUGGUGUGGGUCAGGAGCUCUAUGUGUUUGGAGGCGUGAGGAGCCGUGACUCCGACAACCCAGAAUCCAGCCCCAUGACCACCUGCAAGUCAGAGUUUUUCCAUGAUGAGAUGAAAAGGUCAAUAAUAGGGCUUACUUUGAUCAAAUAUUUCCUUGUUUUAAUUUAUGCAUUAGCCAGAACGGUUAUAGACUGGGGUGUAUCCUCGUUACCUAAAGACGAAGAGACCUUAUAUUUACUGUGUUUGUAGAUGAGUAAAAAAACUUUAAAGCAUUAUUUUAUUUUUUGGGCCCAACCACACUGUGUCCAGAUGGAUGUACCUGGACGACCAGAAUCUCUGUGUUCAGACCAGUUCCUCCUUUGUGUAUGGAGCUGUCCCCAUUGGAGUCAGCAUUUAUGUGGUGGGAGACCUAGACACUGGUGAGUUAAAGGCUGUGCCAAUAGAAAUGUAAAUAUUAUGAUAUGUUAUGUAAUGGACUCCUGAAGCACAUUACAACAACUUGGCAAACAUUUGCAAAUACAAGUUACUGUUUGUGUGUACUGUGUAAUGUAUAUAUUUAUCUCUAAAGGUGUGUGUGUGUGUGUACAGCUGGCGGUCCCCUGAGGGCAAUAUGAAUGUAUAUUUUCCUCCCUCUGCGUAGGUACAACCUAUGACUAUGUGAGGGAAUUCCGUCGUAGCUCGGGGACGUGGCACCGCACCAAGCCCAUGCUGACAUCUGAUCUGUGCAAGACGGGCUGUGCAGCUCUGCGUAUCGCUAACUGCAAACUGUUCCGUCUGCAGCUGAAGCAGGGCCUGUUUAGACACAGGGUCCCAUUGUCAUAGAAUGGCACUCCUUUAGGUGCUCUGUCCACGCUCAUCUUUUUGGCUAUGGGCACAGCAAUGGGACGUAAGAAUGGAGGUUGAAGAAGGGACCCUCAAAUGGGAAUGUUUGGAGUAUUUAUCUGCAUAUUUUGCUGGCUUUCUUAGGGUUCAUCAGGGUAUUAUUGUAUAUGGGAUCUUGCUUGAAGAGGGAUCGCUUUUUAAACAUGGCCUUAUUUUAUUGCAAUUUAACAGUGGGAAUGAUUUGUAAAUAUGUUUUACUGACAUUCUCCAUUCGUUUACUAUGUUUUUGCUGCUGCUUGGUGGGUUUUAGAGAAUGUAACACUAAUUUUAAGGGGUCAAAAGCAAUAAU